AUGCCUGCGAAGCGAAAGCAUUCGGGCAAUGCGCUCGACCAAGACAACGACAGUCGGCGUAAGAGGUCUUACGCCUAUCUAAAGCCCCAAGUACGGCAUAUAUCAGAGAGAACGAUCAAGUCCAAAUGGUCGACGCUCCCAGAACCAAUGCAGGACAAGAUCCGUGAUAUGCUACAAGCCCUCGAACGUCCUGUCAUCGUCCGGCAACAGAAUGAGCGGAAACGCUACGAGGCACAGGCAGCUGUUCAGGCUGUUGUGAAGAAUCUUGGAAAGCGACUGCCUCGAAUGCCUUUUCCUCCGAUGACGAAAGACUCAGUAUUCGAGUACGAAGCGGCGCUUAAGGAACAUAGCGCGCUAGAAGCUUCUCUGUCUACAAUGAAUGACAGCAUCGUUCUGUUGAACAAUGAGAUUGCAAAGGAGGAGGCGUUUCUUGCCAAGGAAACGAAGCAGUUGCAGGAGAUGGAGAAAAAUGCUAAGCGCGCAGAGGCAGAGCGGAGGAGGCUGAUGAAAAAUGAACAUCCCGCUCUGCGACAGCUCCGAGAUGUUCGCGAACAACAAAUUGAGGCUCCGUCUGGAUUCAAUUUGUCCCAUGCGAAGGGGUCCCAGCUAGACUUCAGUGAACUCGAGGCCGACCCAGAGGCCUCCAGUCUCCUAAAGCAGUUGAACAACCACCUGAAAUCAAUGCAGAGCAAUAUUGCACCUCUUACUGGACUUAAGGACGCUAUUGACCGGUCUCAGACAGCUCUAAGUCUUGCAACCUUGCCCGAUGACUGAGCCAUGCCUUUAGCGAUUUCAAAGAAGCGCCUAGGACAUUCUCAUGAAAUUAGGCCUCUGCCGACUACGACUGUACUUGCACCCGACUAUUAGAAGGGUACGCAAAGGCGAAAAUGUCCACUGUCCCAGUGCUAGGUCGCCAAAGGAUCUAGGCAGCUUGAUCUUCAGUUGCGAGGUGCAGUGAACUUUGUACAACAGCUGGCUACGCACAGAAACCACACCCUUGCAAAGGUACCUGACGCGUAGGGGUACACUAUGAUGA